AAUAAUACUUCUAUACACAGUAUAUAUACAAGUAGGUACGAGGGGUUGUAAAAAUAGAGGCUCACUGCCGCAUCACUGCAGUCUCUCCACUCAGUUUCUCUCAUUUCCACCCAAAUUAAAACCCUAAAACCCUAAUUCAAUUCUGCUAUGAGUAGUUCUGGGGAGGAUACGGACAUAAGUGAUACUGAAAUUGAGGAGUAUCAAGAAAAAUCCUAUGAAGAGCUGAAAAACGGGGAGAAAUGUGUGAAAACAUCAGAUACCACUUUUGCUUGCCCUUAUUGUCCAAGUAAAAAAAGGAAGCGAGAUUAUCAGUACAGGGAACUGUUACAACAUGCUGGCGGCGUGGGCAAAGGCAGUUCAAAGCGAACUGCAAGAGACAAGGCAAACCAUCUUGGAUUAGCUAAAUACUUGGAAAUUGAUAUGACCGAUGCUUCUGGUCCAUCUCAGGCUUUGGCGAAGGUUGAUAGUCCUGCAGAGUAUGAUGGUGACGAGGUUUUUGUCUGGCCAUGGCUGGGAAUUGUUGUUAACAUUCCAACUGAAUUUAAGGAUGGACGGUAUAUUGGAGGAAGUGGUUCUAAGCUAAGAGACCAACUAGCCGCCAGAGGUUUUAAUCCCACGCGAGUUUCACCUUUGUGGAACUAUAGGGGUCACUCUGGCACUGCUGUGGUUGAAUUUAAUAAGGAUUGGUCUGGGUUUACCAAUGCCAUGGCAUUUGAAAAGGCUUAUGAUGCUGAUCAACAUGGAAAGAAAGACUGGAAAGCAAAAGGCCAGAAGUCUGGUAUAUAUGGAUGGGUUGCUCGUGCUGAUGAUUACAAGCAAGGUGGCAUUAUUGCGGAUCAUCUGCGUAAGAUUGGAGAUCUUAGGACUAUAUCGGAAAUUUUGGAAGACGAAGCUAACAGGACUAGUAAACUUGUAUUAAACUUGGCAAAUGUGAUUGAGGUUAAGCAGAAGCAUUAUGAAGAGAUGCAAACCAAGUAUGCUGAGACCACCAACUCUUUGAACAAGUUAAUUGAAGAAAAAGAUAAACUUAAUCAAUCAUAUAACGAAGAGCUAAGGAAAAUUCAGGAUAACGCUCGGCAACAUUUCCAGAAAAUAUUUAAGGAGCAUGAAAAGAAUAAGCAGCUAUUAGAAACUCAAAAGAGAGAACUCGAAACGCGUGGUCAAGAAUUGGAGAAACGUGAGACCCAAAAUGAAUAUGAAAGAAAAAAGCUCGCUGAAGAUAUUGAAGAGAAUUCAGUUAGAAAUAGUUCCUUGCAACUGGCAGCUGAUGCGCAAAAGAGGGUUGACGAAAGUGUCAUGAAAUUGGCAGCAAAUCAUAAGGCACAAAAAGAAGAUUUGGACCGCAGGGUACUGCAACUGCAAACACAGCUGGAUGCAAAACAAGCUGUUCAGCUAGAAAUUGAGCAACUCAGAGGAAAUUUAAAUGUAGUAAAGCACAUGGUGGGAGACGAUGGGGAUUUGGAAGUUCUUAGGAAGGUGGAAGAUAUACACAAAUCCUUAAGAGAAAAAGAAGGAGAAUAUGAAGAUCUACAAGCGUUGAACCAAGCUUUAAUUAUCAAAGAACGGAAAAGCAAUGACGAGCUGCAGGAAGCUCGUAAGGAAUUGGUUACUGCAUUAUCAGAUAUAUCAAAAAAUUCUCAUAUUUCUGUGAAGAGAAUGGGUGAGCUGGAUCCCAAACCUUUCCUGGAAGCAAUGAAGCGAAAAUACAGUGAAGAAGAAGCAGAAGACAGAGCUUCUGACCUGUGCUCUAUGUGGGCGGAACACCUCCGAGAUCCUGAUUGGCAUCCAUUAAGAGUAAUCGAAGUAGAUGGGAAGCAUAAGGAAAUAAUUGAUGAGCAAGAUGAAAGAUUAAAAAGCUUGAAGAAAGAACUUGGCGAGGACGCGUACAAUGCAGUGACUGCAGCUCUAAGAGAGGUAAACGAGUACAACCCAAGCGGAAGAUACAUCACGUCGGAAGUGUGGAACUACAAAGAGGGUAGAAAAGCUACUUUGGAAGAGGGAGUUAAUUUCUUACUUAAAUUAUGGAAAGAUCGGAUGGAAAAAGGGCUUUAAAAUUGAUUGUCCUUUACGGGGCACCUGUGCUUCGUGGAAGAAGUUUAAUCUCUGGAUGUGUAUAACUAUCUACCGGUGAAUGAUCCGGGCAUCACUAUGAUGUAUGGAUCAUGCUUAUGUACUCUGUUUCGAACUUGGUAACUAUGUGAGUGUUGGUUUGCUUGUUUGUGUAUGGGUGUGCUCUGUUAGUCUAUUUGGAAGAGCAGGAUACAAUAUCAAGCUGAGUAAAAUUUAGCUGAAAUGAUAAUAUGCUUGAUGAGUUUGCAA